AUGGAAGAGGAGGUCGCAGCUCUCGUCAUCGACAAUGGUUCGGGUAUGUGCAAGGCCGGUUUCGCCGGUGACGACGCACCCAGAGCCGUUUUCCACCUCGCCACCAUGGUNAUCAUGAUUGGUAUGGGCCAGAAGGAUUCAUACGUCGGUGAUGAGGCACAGUCCAAGCGUGGUAUCCUCACCCUGAGAUACCCCAUUGAGCACGGUGUCGUUACCAACUGGGACGACAUGGAGAAGAUUUGGCACCACACCUUCUACAACGAGCUCCGUGUUGCCCCCGAGGAGCACCCCGUCCUGCUCACCGAGGCCCCCAUCAACCCCAAGUCCAACCGUGAGAAGAUGACCCAGAUCGUCUUCGAGACCUUCAACGCCCCCGCCUUCUACGUCUCCAUCCAGGCCGUUCUGUCGCUGUACGCUUCCGGUCGUACCACCGGUAUCGUCCUCGACUCCGGUGACGGUGUCACUCACGUCGUCCCCAUCUACGAAGGUUUCGCCCUUCCCCACGCCAUCUCGCGUGUCGACAUGGCCGGUCGUGACUUGACCGACUACCUCAUGAAGAUUCUUGCCGAGCGUGGUUACACUUUCUCCACCACUGCCGAGCGCGAAAUCGUUCGUGACAUCAAGGAGAAGCUCUGCUACGUCGCUCUCGACUUCGAGCAGGAGAUCCAGACUGCCAGCCAGAGCUCUUCCCUCGAGAAGUCCUACGAGCUUCCCGACGGUCAGGUCAUCACCAUCGGUAACGAGCGUUUCCGUGCCCCCGAGGCUCUCUUCCAGCCUUCGGUCCUCGGUCUCGAAUCUGGCGGUAUCCACGUCACCACCUUCAACUCCAUCAUGAAGUGCGAUGUCGAUGUCAGAAAGGACCUUUACGGCAAUAUUGUCAUGAAGGAAAUCACCGCCCUUGCUCCCUCAUCCAUGAAGGUCAAGAUCAUCGCUCCCCCAGAGCGCAAGUACUCCGUCUGGAUCGGUGGUUCCAUUCUCGCCUCUCUCUCCACCUUCCAGCAGAUGUGGAUCUCAAAGCAAGAGUACGACGAGAGCGGUCCNUCGAUCGUCCACCGCAAGUGCUUCUAA